AACAUCCACUUUGAUUGAGCAUCUCUGUGGUUUCAAUCUAUAGCAAUAUACUUGUUACAGCCACACAUUUAUAUGUCAAUUUCCUGAAUUUGUUUGCUUCAAAGCUCCACUAUAGCAUAAGCUAGUUGCUUUGCCUACCAUCAAUGUGACCUAACAAAAUUAGUCUUACGGUUUUAUAUCCUGUUUAUACUCAUUGGGUUACCUGAUUCUCCUUGUUUCCUACAGAGAACCCAGCAAAUUCAGUGGGCAAAUCUCCUCCUAGGUUGCAAGGGUUUUCUCCUGCUUUCCAAUUUUGGUUUACUUUGCUUUUGAUAGAUUGAUGGCAGCUCUUCAGCCUUCACUUACAGUUCAAUCACGCCAUCCAAAUCCUGGAGUCAUCAACCUAGCAAGGUUGACAAUUGUCUCCUGUUAUUAUGAUCAAAGGAAAAGGAUCCACAAUGUAAAGAAAACUGAGAUGGGAAAAUUCCAUUUCAAUAGAGAAGGUUUUAGAGAUUUAACUGGGAAUAUUCGACGGGAUCUUGAUGUCAAAAUCUUUGCUGCGGCAAAGAUUUCUGUUGAUGAAAUAGGAACAAGCUUGGUAAGUAGAGUUGAAUUGGAGAAGGAGUCAACUUAUUCAUUUAGGACGGAAAUUGGUGGUCUGGUUAAGGUAUAUGUUGGCAGAAAAAAUAUGAAAUAUGUAGUUUAUAUUGAAGUUUCAUCUUUGCCACAGUGGAGUAUUGAGGAUAAUUUGGUACUAAGUUGGGGCUUGUUGAGGUCUGAAACCAGGUUCAAUACCAAUGAAACGCCAUUCAAGCAGAAAACCUUGGGCAGGUAUGCCUUACAUCUGGAAUUCAAUUCAAAUGAAGCUCCCUUUUAUCUCUCUUUUAUGCUACACUCAUCUGAUGGCGGUUCAAGUAACAUAAGCAUAAGAAGCCAUAGGAAGAAAAAUUUUUGUGUGCCUGUUGGAUUCAGUUCAGGGUAUCCUGCACCAUUGGGCAUCUCCUUUUCGAAUGAUGGAUCAGUCAAUUUUGCCCUUUUUUCAAGGAAUGCAGAAAGCGUAGUCUUGUGCCUGCAUGAUGAGAUGACGAAUCAAUCAUCUUUAGAGAUUGAUCUGGAUCCGUACAUUAAUCAAACGGGUGAUAUUUGGCAUGUCUCAAUGGAAAGUGUUGGACAAUAUGCGAGCUAUGGUUACAGAUGCCGGGGAACUACUAUUGGGAGUGGAGGAGAUGGACAAGUUCUCUUGGACCCUUAUGCUAAAAUUCUCAGAAACUUCUUUCCUGAUCAAUCUGGAUCCUUUUCACUUCUGAAAUGUCUUGGGGACUUAUGCACAGUGCCUGCUUUUGACUGGGCUGGUGAUGCUCACCCCCAUCUGCAAAUGGAGAAACUAGUUGUUUACCGAUUGAAUGUGAGGCGCUUUACUGAGGACCAGUCCAGUCAGCUACCUGCUGAUGUUGCAGGGACUUUUUCUGGCAUAGUUGAGAAGUUAAACCAUUUGAAAGGUCUUGGUGUCAAUGCAAUCUUAAUGGAGCCCAUAUUUCCUUUUGAUGAACAGAAGGGACCAUAUUUCCCUUACCAUUUCUUUUCACCUAUGAGUUUAUAUGGGCCAACUCACGAUGCAAUAUCCACUAUUAAUGGCUUAAAGGAGAUGGUCAAGAAAUUGCAUGCCGAUGGCAUAGAGAUUUUGUUAGAAGUUGUUUUCACCCAUACUGCAGAAACCAGAGAUUCCUCUCGCGAAAUGAUAACACUCGGAGGGAUUGAUAACUCAUCCUAUUAUGUUUCUGAUGGAGAUGUUGAAUCAAAAACUAGAAAUACCUUGAAUUGCAACUAUCCCAUUGUCCAGCAAAUGAUUUUGGAUAGUCUUCGGCAUUGGGUGACUGAGUUUCAUAUUGAUGGUUUUGUUUUUAUGAAUGCAUCAUCUCUCUUGAAAGGGUCAAACGGUGAAUACUUAUCUCGGCCUUCUUUAGUCGAGGCCAUAGCAUUUGAUCCACUACUCUCUAGAAGUAAAAUUAUAGCAGACUGCUGGGACCCACACGACAUGGUGUCCAAAGAAAUACAUUUCCCUCAUUGGAACAGAUGGGCAGAAAUGAAUACCCGAUUUUGUAAUGAUGUAAGAAAAUUUUUUAUGGGUGAAGGCCUUCUUAGUGACCUUGCAACACGGCUUUGUGGGAGUGGGGACACUUUUUCUGAUGGGCGAGGUCCUGCAUUCUCUUUUAAUUUUAUUGCAAGGAACUCUGGACUUCCUCUUGUAGACUUGGUCAGUUUCAGUAGCAGUGAGCUCUCAUCAGAAUUAAGUUGGAACUGUGGAGAAGAAGGUCAAACAAAUAAAACUAUUGUCCUUGAAAAACGGCUUAAACAGAUCCGAAAUUUUAUUUUCAUAUUGUUCAUAUCACUUGGUGUUCCUGUCCUUAAUAUGGGAGAUGAAUGUGGCCAAUCUGCUGGUGGUUCCCCAUCAUAUGGUGACAGGAAAUCUUUUGAUUGGGAUGCUCUUAAAACAGGUUUCGGUGUUCAAACAACAAAGUUUAUCAGAUUCCUGAGUUCGCUGAGAAUGAGAAGAAGUGAUCUUCUUCAAAAGAGGAGCUUCAAGAAAAAGGAUAAUAUUGACUGGCAUGGAAGUCACCAAUCUCCACCAAGAUGGGAAGACCCAUCAAGCGAAUUCCUAGCCAUGACUUUAAAGGUUGACAGAGAUAAUAGUCAGUUUAGCUCAAAAUCUUCUCAUAUUGUUGGUGACUUGUUUAUUGCCUUCAAUUCCAGUGACCAUCCAGAGAUUAUUAAUUUACCUUCACCUACAGAAGGGAUGGCAUGGCUUCGUUUGGUUGACACUGCUCUUCCAUAUCCAGGAUUUUUCUCUACAAGCGGCGACCCUGUCCUUGAACAGAUGAAAGGAUUAGUAGCUUAUGAAAUGAAACCUCAUAGCUGUGUUCUGUUUGAAGCUUGGAGUUUAAGUGGCUGAGAUUGUUCUUUCUCACUGAUCUUUAUUGUGGGUGUAAAAGUUUAAAGGGUCUUUUUGCUGU